ACUUGACCUCACCUGACCUAACCACCACAAGUCACUCAGUCGCGAUGUCUGUCUCCGAGCUUGCCACAUCCUACGCGGCCCUCAUCCUCGCCGAUGACGGUGUCGACAUCACUGCCGAUAAGCUGCAGUCCCUGAUCAAGGCGGCGAAGAUCGAGGAGGUCGAGCCCAUCUGGACCACCCUGUUCGCCAAGGCCCUCGAGGGCAAGGACGUCAAGGACCUGCUCCUGAACGUCGGCUCCGGCGGCGGCGCUGCGCCCGCUGCCGGCGCUGCCGCUGGCGGUGCUGCUGGCGCCGCCGACGCUGCUCCCGCCGAGGAGGAGAAGGUCGAGGAGAAGGAGGAGUCCGACGACGACAUGGGCUUCGGACUGUUCGACUAAGCGCCUUUUGUCCCUUUUCGCCAGAUGCCUUUCGCGGGGCAGCGCACCACGGAAUCUCGGUGCGGGCUCCUGUAGCCGGGGGCUGGGCAGCGUCUCGCCUGCGCUUUUGCAGCGGGCCGGCCGCAACACACGAUGCACGGCGUCAUGAGAAACGUAGAGGUCGGCAGGUCAAUGGAAACAAUCCAAAAAGUGCAAAAACGCGGGACAUGUCUUGUGAUGUGUCGGGCCGUGUGCCCGUGUCCCCCCAGACGAUCGGCUUUGGGCGGCAUGGCUACGAGAGAAGAAAUGGCGUCGUAGCUGGGUCCCCUCCGCGAUGUCCGCUCAAUGUGAUCGACUACU